CCUGCAGCAGCGGUGCGCGCGCCAGGGCUCCCUUGGCCGCCGCGCAGGAGUUGCAAAGCUCUGGAAGAGGAGGCUUUCUACUGGAACAUGCUGCCCCCUUAUCUCCUUUUUUGACAGACAGCUUUGGGCGUCAGCACAACUACUUGCGCAUUUCUUUGACCGAGAAAUGCAACCUCAGGUGUCAGUACUGUAUGCCCGAGGAAGGUGUUAAGCUGACUCCUAAAUCAGAGCUUCUAACUGCUCAGGAGAUAAUCACCCUAGCCAGACUGUUUGUGAAAGAAGGUGUAGAGAAGAUCCGCCUGACAGGUGGAGAGCCACUCAUCCGUCCCGAUGUGGUUGAUAUUGUGGGUCAGCUGUACAAGCUAGAAGGGCUGAAAACCAUUGCUGUCACAACCAAUGGGAUCAACUUAAGCAGACUUCUGCCCCGACUGAAGGAGGCAGGACUGAAUGCCAUUAACAUUAGCCUGGAUACUUUGGUUCCAGCUAAAUUUGAGUUCAUUGUCCGAAGGAAAGGCUUUCACAAGGUAAUGGAAGGAAUCCACAAAGCCACUGAACUUGGCUAUCGUCCUGUUAAGGUGAACUGUGUUGUGAUGCGAGGCUUGAAUGAGGAUGAACUGCUGGACUUUGUGGAUUUCACAAAGGACCUGCCUGUUGAUGUGCGGUUCAUAGAAUACAUGCCCUUUGAUGGCAAUAAAUGGAACUUCAAGAAGAUGGUGAGCUACAAAGAAAUGCUUGAUACAAUUAAACAGCAAUGGCCUGAAUUGGAGAAAUUACCCUGUGAAAGUUCCAGCACAGCCAAGAGUUAUAAGGUGCCACAUUUCCAGGGACAAAUCAGCUUUAUCACCUCCAUGUCAGAGCACUUCUGUGGAUCCUGCAAUCGGCUGAGGAUAACAGCAGAUGGGAACCUAAAAGUGUGCCUUUUUGGGAAUUCGGAAGUGUCCUUGAGGGAUCACCUACGGUCUGGUGCCUCAGAGGAAGAGUUGGUUCAAAUCAUUGGAGCAGCAGUGGGCAGAAAAAAGAAACAGCAUGCUGGCAUGUUUAACAUUUCCCAGAUGAAAAACCGGCCAAUGAUCCUGAUUGAGCCUGCAUUGAUGUCAUUCCCACUAUGCCAAGAUGCCCUACAGAAUCCCUCAAAUUCAAAACAGUGGGGCCACACAUUUAGCCAUUGGCUGACUUUGAGAGCAAGUUUACCCAAACAAAAGGGAAAAACAUUAAUGAAAAAUAAGCUUACAGGACAACUUUUCCUGCCAAGAUCUCACCCAGAGCAACAGUGGCACAUAACGACAGGAAUUCUACAAACCCAGCUCAGAGGCUACUGUGUCUUCCAGAAGGACCCAAGCUCCACAUUUGAUACAAAGUGCCUUGACACUUCUCCUGUUGGCCAAGUUUCUGUGGACUGUCAGUCCAAAGAGGCAAGUUCAGGAUCUGAAUUCUAUACCACGGAUUUGGGAUCUUGCACCAAGGUACCUCAUGCCUCUGACAACCUGACUCACACUGAUGAGGAAGGACGGGCCACAAUGGUUGAUGUUGGAGGGAAGCCAGAUUCAAGAAGAAGUGCUGUUGCUGGUGCUGUGGUCCUGCUGGGUGAGAAGGCAUUUGGGAUGGUGAGACAAAACCAGGUGAAGAAAGGGGAUGUGCUGGCAGUAGCCCAGAUUGCAGGAAUUCAGGGAGCCAAGCUGACCAGCCAGUUGAUCCCGUUGUGUCACAACAUCCCGCUCUACCACGUCGAGGUGUCUCUGAGCCUGGAUGAGGCUAGAUAUGCAGUGGUGAUUCGCAGCUCCUGUCAGACCUGGGGGAGGACAGGUGUGGAGAUGGAAGCUCUGACAGCUGCCAGCCUGGCUGCCCUGACAGUGUAUGACAUGUGCAAAGCAGUUACUCAUGACAUUGUCAUCGAAGAGGUGAAGUUGCUUAGUAAGACAGGUGGGCAGAGGGGAGAUUUCUCAAGGGUCUAGGUAAUAUCCAGAUACCUCCAGCCCUCCAGAUGAUCACCGCUCAUGUUCAGCCUCUUACAGAAGAACUACUUUUUCUCAGCUGGUGGGCUUGGAGACAUCAGCAGGUGUACACUACAGCAAUCCCAUGACUCCGGCAUUGCCUUACUCUGUCAGCUUACUGCUGGGUGACCAGUGGAACCACUUAUCCCUGUUAAAAACCAUGUGUGUUUUCUAGGG